AUGAGCCUGUGCGAUUGCCCAGUCAUCGUCAUUAUUCCAAUGAUCAAGAUCGUCCUCAUCCACUCAAGUGGCGGCUUGAAACCACACUCGAAAAGUGUGGCGAGGCAACCACUUCAGACCACGGACGACAACCGCAAAGCCUCUCUGAUUGAUUUGUUUAAUGCCACCGGAUCCGGAUCCGGAUCCGGCGAUAGGAGCGUAUCCAAGAGCAGGACGACGAGGACAGCGAGGACUCUUUUGAGGGGCAGCCUCGGCGUCGCUGUGGCCAGGCUUGGGCACCUUCCACGGCUGACCAGCAUUGGCGUAGGCCCAAGGAUCCGCCUGUUGCUGCUACUCCUGCUCCUGUCCUCCCUCCUGCUCCACGCUCAAGAUGCACUCCCCGCCGCAGCAGGAACAUCUGCAGCAACAGCCGCCGCCUCAACCGCGUCGUCGUCGCAGCAGGCUGGGCUAUCCCGUGGCGCUGCUAGUGGCGGCGAUGGCCCACACCACCCAGCUCAUCGUAUUCCAGCCGACGAACCUGACCGUCACACCAACGCCUACUCCAACUCCACCGCAGCAGCAGAAGCAGUUACAGAAACCACAGCAGAAACAUCAGCAGAAACACCAAACACAACCAAGGACGGCGCCGAUGCCGAUGCUGAGCAGAUGUUGCCACAGAUUCCGCCGUAUAUCCGCACAACCGCCAUGUUCUUCUGCAUAGUUAUCAUGUUGUUGGGUGUGGUGGGCAAUGUUAUGGUGCCCAUUGUGAUUGUCAAGACGAAGGAUAUGCGCAAUUCCACCAACAUCUUCCUCACUAACCUGAGCAUUGCCGAUCUCCUGGUGCUGCUCGUCUGCACACCCACCGUCCUCGUGGAGGUCAACACCCGCCCGGAGACCUGGGUCCUGGGGCAUGAGAUGUGCAAGGCCGUGCCGUUCGUGGAGCUGACGGUGGCCCACGCCAGUGUCCUGACCAUCUUGGCCAUCUCGUUCGAGCGCUAUUACGCAAUCUGCGAGCCAUUAAAGGCCGGCUACGUCUGCACCAAGGGGCGGGCCAUCCUCAUCUGCGUCCUGGCCUGGGGCAUUGCUGCGCUCUUUACGAGCCCCAUUCUGUGGGUGGCCGAGUACAAGCUGGCCGAGUACAUUGAUGGAUCGUCGGUGGCCGUGUGCCUCACACAGGCCAUCACCGACUGGACCAUUGCCUUCUUCCUGAUGACCAUUUCGGUGUUCUUCGUGGUGCCAUUUGUGACCCUGGUGGUGCUGUACGGCAUCAUCGCCAGGAACCUGGUCUCCAACAGGGGCGCCAUGCUGCGGGCGCGUCCCACGAAGCCGGAGCUGAGCCUGAAGGCCCGCAAGCAGGUGGUCCUGAUGCUCGGCGCCGUCGUUCUCUCCUUCUUCGUCUGCCUGCUGCCCUUCCGGGUGCUCACCCUCUGGAUCAUCCUUAGCACGGACCAGACUCUCCAUGACCUCGGGCUGGUGCGCUACUAUAGCCUGCUCUACUUCUGCCGGAUAAUGGUAUACCUCAACUCGGCCAUGAAUCCCAUUCUGUACAACCUGAUGUCCACAAAGUUUAGACGGGGCUUCGGGCGUCUCUGCCAGGAUGCAGGAAGAGUGCUGCUGGAAAUGAUUACCCUGGGAAGGCGGAAUAAGGGCGCUUCUCGCGGACGCAGUGGCACCUUGACGCUGGGCAUGGGCACCAAUACCAAUACGAACACUAACUCAUCAAAUGCCACGGCAGCCACAAGUUCCAGUAUUCUGUCACGAAGCUCCAACCGCCGCUGCAGCGAGGACAUCAGUCGCACUCGCUUGAAGAUCGAACUGCAGAUGCCUUGUGGCAGUGAUCUGGAGGCCAUGGCCAUGUUGAAGCACUCGGAGCUGGGCAAGAGGAUGGCCCGCCGGGAGAGUGAUAGCCGCCUGAUGAGCCUGAGAAAUCCUCAACCGCGACGCCAAAAACCUCAAAUCAGUUUCGAUGAGGAGGCUCUGGGUGGAAGCCGGACCAGAGCGGCGAAGGAGAAACUUCCUGCAGGAAAUCCCACGAAGAUGGACCUCCCUUGA